AUGUGGAUUCACCACCCUGAGUUUCCUAACAUUGUUAGAAAAGCCCGGGAGUCUAGUCCUAAUCUUCACACGGCUAUUGAGAAUUUUGUGGACAAAGGUAAAAUAUGGAACAUAACGGUUUUUGGGAAUGUGUUUGCUCGUAAGAAAAGAGUUCUAGCCAGGUUUAAUGAGGCCCAAAAAGCUCUGUCCAAUGGCCCAAGUCAGUUUCUGAUCCAACUGGAAAGGAACCUCAUUGAAGAAUACAACCUAAUUUUGCGGCAAGAACAAGAAUAUUGGGCCUUAAAAUCCCGGCUUAAUUGGGCUGCUUUUGGUGACUCAAAUACCUCCUUCUUUCAUGUUUCUACUUUGGUCAGGAGGCAUAGGAAUAAGAUUCAGAGUUUAAAAAAUUUUGUUGGUGAGUGGAUAACCAAUGAUGAAGGGGUUGAGAACCUUAUCCUCUCGGGGUUUAAAGAGAUCUUCCAAACAGAAUGUUUAGCCUCUUCCCGGGCUUCUAAGAUACAAGAGUUUUGCUGCUGCACCUUCACUGAAGAAGAGCGAGCCACUUUGGAUGCCCUUGUUCUGGAUGAAGAAAUUAGGCAGGGCCUUUGGGCCUUGAAGCCUUUUAAAGCUCUUGGGCCUGAUGGCUUGCAUGCGGGGUUUUUCCAAUAUUUUUGGAAUGAUGUUAAAGAUUUGAAGGGUAAAGCGGGCUUUAUGGCUAUCAAGGUUGAUCUUGUCAAGGCUUAUGAUCGCCUCGAGUGGUCAUUCAUUCACAAGGUCCUUAAAGCAUUUCGGUUCCCGGAGGAGUUGAUUAAGCUCAUUAUAAGCUGUGUUUCGUCAACAUCUAUCUCUAUCCUUCUCAAUGGAGGUAAGCUUACCCCCUUUAAGCCCACGAGAGGAAUACGUCAAGGUGACCCCCUUUCGCCGUACUUAUUUAUUCUGUGUAUGGAAUACCUUGGGUUCCUCAUUAAUGAAAGUUGUAGAAAAGAAGAAUGGGCACUGCUGAAAGCCUCAAAGCAAAACUUGGGCAUCUCACACAUUUUCUUCGAAGAUGACCUCAUGCUUUUUGCCAAAUCCAAUAAGGCAGAAGCUGAUUCUAUAAAGAAGGUGUUAAGCAAAUUUUGCAAGGAAUCUGAUCAAUUGAUUAGUGUUGAAAAAUCCCGCAUCUAUUUCUCGCCUAAUGUCCCUCCAAACGUUAGAGAUGAUAUUUGUGGGCUGCUAAACAUUGCUGAAACUUCAUGUUUAGGAAAGUAUUUGGGCUUCCCCCUAAAUCAUAGAGGUGCUGGCCGAAAUAGAUACAACUUCAUAAAAGGCACCACAAUUAAAAUAGCAGUUUUUUAUUUUAACCCAGGGGGUUGGCCGAGUUGGUUGGGCUCUUGGUCUCAAAGUGCUUGCAUUGUGCUCGACUAG